AUGGCGACGACAAUCGAUCUGGGCCCCCUGGGCCAGCAAAACCUCCCUUCCGCUCUUCUUCUGGGCAUUGGGGCGCUCACCCUCGCCUCCGUCGCAUUCACAGUGACAAGAGUGUUUCUGAGUACUUUUAUCUUGCCAGGAAAAUCUCUGUCCUCGUACGGGAGCAAAGGUUCAUGGGCCGUCAUCACCGGGGCCUCCGACGGCAUUGGAAAGGAGUACGCUCUACAACUGGCAAAGAAGGGCUUCAGUCUCAUCCUUGUCUCCCGCACGGCGUCGAAGCUUGAAUCCCUCUCAGCGCAGAUCAAGACCUCUUCUCCGAAUGUCUCGGUGGAGACCCUAGCCAUGGAUUUCUCGCAGAACCUGGAUAAAGACUACGCGGCGCUGGCAUCACUGGUACAAGGUAAACUGGUUGCCAUCCUGAUCAACAACGUGGGCCAGAGUCACAGUAUUCCAGUGCCUUUCGCCGAGACACCCUUGCCCGAAAUGACAAGCAUCAUCAACAUUAACUGCCUGGGCACACUCCGGGCCACCCAGACGGUGCUUCCCAGCAUGCUACCACAAAAGAAGGGGCUGAUCUUGACCAUGGGAUCCUUUGGCGGCCUGACACCCACACCCUUGUUGGCCACAUACUCUGGCUCUAAAGCCUUCCUUCAACAAUGGUCCAACGCUCUAGCCUCCGAGCUGGCCUCAAGUGGCAUUGACGUGUUCUUUGUCCAUUCAUACCUGGUCACGUCCUCGAUGUCCAAGAUCCGCCGCGCGAACUGGCAGGUCCCUACGGAAAAAGCGUUCGUGAGAUCUGCACUGGCCAAAAUCGGCCGCAGAGGUGGGAGCAUUGGUUACCCCUACAGUGGGAGUCCGUACUGGAGCCACGCCCUUGUCGCAGCACUGAUCACCGGCGUCCUCGGUCCCAUGAACAGCAUCCUACUUGGAAUCAAUAAGAAGAUGCAUGUGGAUAUCCGGAGAAGGGCAUUGAAGAAGGCGGAGCGAGAGGCACAGAAGGGCAAGAAGGCUGCAUGA